CACUGAUAUAAUGUUGUCUUCAGUCGUUUUGACACUACCGAGAAUUCAGUUCACUUCAGUAAGAGCUUAAUUGCUCAGUUCAUUAGUCACGAUGUGCGGUAUAGAAGUAUAGAAUAUUACGAGGUCAAGAGGGGCACGCGAGAAAAUCUGGGCUUGAAAACUGUUUGUGAUCUGUGGUUAUUGUUCGUGGUUUGGUUGGUGGUAUCAGAGAUUAGUCGUGGUGACAAUUGCUCCAGUUUAGUACCUAAGGCUAACUAUUCGGUCUGUUGUAAAAGUACCUGUCAUUGGAAGUUAUUGACCUUUCGAGGCGGGAGGAAAUGAUUUCCAGUUUUUAUGAAAAGAUUGUGGGUACUUCCCCUCCUCCCGAACCCAAUGAACCAAAGAUACUAUGCGUUGGUCUGAUUUGUCUCGAUAUCGUUCAAGUUUGCAAAACAUUCCCUGUAGAGGAUAGCGAUCAAAGAUGUAUCGAGCACCGAUGGCAGCGUGGGGGUAAUGCCUCAAACAAUUGCACAGUUUUGUCGCUGGCUAAAACUCCUUGCGAGUUUAUGGGGACUCUCAGCUCGGAACAACAUCUAAGCUUUUUGCAAGAUGAUAUGAGGAAGUACAAAAUAAACUUUGCGCACUGUCCGAUGUUGGAAGGAGCUGGGUGUCCCACGUCCACCGUCAUCCUGAGUUUGACCUCUGGAAGUCGCACGAUACUGCAUCACAAUCCAAGCUUGCCAGAACUGACUUUUGAAGACUUUGCAAAAUUAAAUUUAGAAGAAUAUUGUUGGAUUCAUUUUGAGGGUAGAAAUGUGACAACAGUCUUGUCUAUGAUAAAACACGUAGAAACAUACAACAAUUCAUUGAAAAAUUCCACGCAAAAUGACAACUCGACAGAUUCUUUCCACUUGCCAAUAACGAUCAGUGUGGAACUUGAAAAGUCAAACGAACAGCUGCUGGACUUGCUGCCCUAUGUUGACGUUGCUUUUGUUAGCAGGGACUUUGCUCUCUUCAGAGGCUGUGAUAAUAUGAGUGAAACUUUGAGAAGCAUAGCCCAAGAAGCAAAGUCUGGGGCUACCAUAAUUUGCGCUUGGGGUGACAGAGGCGCAAUGGCAAGAACCCCUGAUGGAACAAUUGUUCAGUCUCCUGCGUUUCCACCUGCUAAAACAAUCGACAGUUUAGGCGCAGGUGAUACUUUUGCUGCAGCAAUACUUCAUUACCUGAACAAAAUUAAAUUCUCUAGUAACAAAAGUGUGCAACCCAUGAAAACUCUGAGUGAGAAAUUGCUACAUAAUGAAGACCCAGAAACUAAAUCAAAUGAGGUCAAGCGCGAAAUCAAACAAAAUCACAAUAUUGAAAGCCUUGAACAAAGUCACACGGAAUUCAUAGAUAGCGUAGUUCUUCAAAGCGCCGUUACUUUUGCAUGCAGAGUAGCCGGUGCGAAACUUGGUCUUAAAGGUUACGACGGGCUCGACAAAAUAUUCAAAGAACUCCAAAAAGUUUAGCUAAAAAGCCAAAGUUUCUGCGGUAAAACUAUAUGGUAUAUAUGAAUAAAAAGAGUUUUGUUUAUCGUGACUUCAGAGUUUUUUUUUACGAAUGAUUAAAAAGUAAUGCUUGGAUGCAUAUUAUUUAUUUUUAUUAGAUGAUAUUUUUGUACACAGACUUUGGAGCACUUCGUUUAUAUAACAGCUGUUGCAAUUACUCUACCAACGUUAUUAAAAAGUCGAAUUGUGGGAGUCGCUGUGAACAAAACCUAUGGUCUACAUGAUCAGUAGAUUAAUAUUAAAAGACAAUUUAAUGUACGAUUUUAUAAAACGUGAUAUAAUACUAGAACUUGUGAUAUAACAAACAACCAAUGUAUAAGAACAGUUGAAAAAAAAGAACGAACAACAAUAACAACAACAUUUGACAAGUAA